CAACAAAAAUAAACACAAACUACACUCUCUACCACUCACCACGAAUUCCUAUGCCCACCACCCCACUCUUCUACUGGUCAGCUGUUUGAUUUGAAUUGUCCCUUUUUUGUCUGGUUUAGAGCUCGUCGAGCAAAGUAUACUUUUAAAUGGGCAAGAAAAGAUUGUUUGGUAAAGUCUAAUUUUUUACCUUUGUGUUUUGUUCAAUAAUGGCUAUUUUUGAUUUUUAUUCUUUAUAAGCAGAAACAACUGUUUUUCACCUCCUAAAGGAACUGGUCCUCUCUCUUCCGAGUUUCAUUAAUACACCCUUUUUCCCUUUUUAUUUAAGUCAUUUUCUUGGCAAUCGAGUUCUUGCUUUUGCUCUAAGAGUCACCCUCUCUAUCUUUUUUUUAUUCUUGAAACUUAAGAAUUGGGUUUUGUAAAUCAAGAGCUUAUAUCAAAUGGGUGCUUCAGGAAAAUGGGUUAAGGCUUUGAUAGGACUGAAAAAACCUGAUAAAGACGAUCAUGAGAAAGUGGGAGGAAAGAACAAGAAAUGGAGGCUAUGGAGGAGUUCAUCAGGUGAUAAUAGUGUGUCCUCGUGGAAAGGAUUCAAAAGAAAUGGUGGAUCAGACGGCUCUUCUGAUUCUUCAUCAGUGAAUAAUGAUGCCUUCAAUGCUGCCGUGGCAACUGUUGUAAGGGCUCCACCCAAAGAUUUCAGGGUUGUCAGGCAAGAAUGGGCUGCCAUUAGGAUCCAAACUGCAUUUCGUGGAUUUUUGGCGAGAAGAGCUUUAAGGGCUUUGAAAGGAUUAGUGAGACUUCAAGCUAUAGUUCGUGGCCGGCAGGUCCGGAAGCAGGCUGCCGUUACUCUUAGGUGCAUGCAAGCUUUGGUCCGGGUGCAGGCUCGGGUGAGAGCUCGUCGUGUACGUAUGUCCAUAGAGGGACAGGCUGUGCAACAAAUGCUCGAUGAACGCCACAGCAAGGCUGAUCUCUUGAAACAAGCUGAGGAAGGGUGGUGUGACAGUAGAGGAACGUUGGAAGAGGUUAAGACAAAGAUACAGAUGCGGCAAGCAGGAGCUGCUAAGAGAGAGAGAGCAUUUGCUUAUUCUCUUGCUCAAAAGUGGAAGUCGAGCCAAACUAUUCAUUCCCACACAAAUGCUUCAAAUCCUCUUAAAAGUUAUGAGUUUAACAAGACCAGCUGGGGAUGGAGUUGGCUAGAACGUUGGAUGGCUGCAAAGCCUUGGGAAAACAGAUUGAUGGAACAAUCUCAGACUGACCCUUUGGAAACAACUCCUCUAUCUAAGACCUGCACAGAUUCCACCAAGGGCAAUCUCUCGAGGUUGACUGAACCUAGUUCGGUGAAAGUCAGAAAGAACAAUGUCACAACACGAAUAUCAGCAAAGCCUCCCCGAGUUGGGCAAACUACUCACUCAUCUUCAAGUCCGAGUUCUGAUUUCAGAUAUGAUGAAAGCUCGGCUUCUUCAAUUUUCACAUCUACAACUCCAGUUUCUGGAAACACCAUGUUUGCGUCAGAUAGAGCAGAAGAGAUCAAUAAUAUUAGGCCAAGUUAUAUGAACAUGACAGAAGCUACCAAGGCCAAGCAGAGAAAUCAUAGACUUCAAAGACAGUCCAUGGACGAGUUUCAGUUUCUUAAGAACUCAGCAGUUUUUACAAACGAGGAAUCAAAAAGCAAUGCAGGUUCUGAUAAGUUCUCAAGGAAGUUGAGGGACUGAGAGAAUUGCUCAUUUCAGUAAGACUGGAAUGUAAUGUUUAAUAUUUAUUGCAAGUCUUCAACACCAUGUUUUUCAUGCGAAAAAAAUGUAACAAAAAAGUUUAGUUUCUUGAGAUGUGAUUUGAAUUCUGAAUUAUGUAAAAACUGUAAGUCAUGAUUUUGGAACCAAUCAAAUGCUUUUGAGCUUCUAUUUA